GCCGCGGUGAUUAGCUGGCCCUGCCAAAGAGCGACUGGGCCCACGGAGAGGGGAGGAGCCCCCGGGACCAGCCCGUCAGGCACCGCCCCCGGGGCCGGCCUGGGAGUUCGCGGCAGCCCCGUCCCAGUCCCUGGGCCGUGGCACCAGGCCCCCCAGGGGUGGGCGCCGGGUCCCGCCGGCCAGUAUCCGGGACGGCGCUCGCACCCGGGUGCCAGCCCGUGGGAAGAUCCGAUUCCGGAGCUGCCAUGAUUGAAGUGGUAGCAGAGCUGAGCAGAGGUCCUGUGUUUCUGGCAGGGGAGGCGCUGGAGUGUGUGGUGACCGUCACCAACCCCCUGCCCCCCACGGCCACUUCUGCAUCCAGUGAGGCUCUGGCAUGGGCCAGUGCCCAAAUCCACUGCCAGUUCCAUGCCAGUGAGAGUCGAGUAGCACUGCCUCCCCCUGACUCCAGUCAGCCAGAUGUCCAGCCUGAGAGCCAGACUGUCUUUCAACCACACCGAGGUGAGAGGGGUCAGUGUAUCCUUUCCACUCCACCAAAAAUCCUAUUCUGUGACUUGAGGCUAGACCCUGGAGAGUCGAAAUCAUACUCCUACAGCGAAGUGCUGCCUAUAGAGGGACCACCCUCCUUUCGGGGUCAGUCAGUCAAGUAUGUCUACAAACUGACCAUUGGCUGCCAACGUGUCAACUCACCCAUCACUUUACUCAGGGUCCCUCUGAGGGUUCUUGUGCUGACUGGCCUUCAAGAUGUCCGCUUUCCCCAGGAGGAGGCAGUAGCCCCAUCCAGUCCAUUCUUGGAAGAGGAUGAAUGUGGCAAGAAGGACUCAUGGCUCGCUGAGCUGGCUGGGGAGCGCCUUAUGGCUGCCACAUCCUGCCGCAGCCUCCAUCUGUACAACAUCAGCGAUGGCCGAGGAAAAGUUGGGACAUUUGGCAUCUUCAAAUCUGUAUACAGACUUGGCGAGGACGUGGUGGGGACCUUAAACUUAGGGGAAGGAACUGUAGCUUGUUUGCAGUUUUCAGUGAGCUUACAGACGGAGGAGCGUGUGCAGCCUGAGUACCAGCGGCGCCGCGGGGCAGGGGGUGCCCCCUCUGUGUCUCAUGUCACUCAUGCCCGGCACCAGGAGUCCUGCUUACAUACAACCAGAACGAGCUUCUCCCUCCCCAUCCCUCUCAGCUCCACACCAGGCUUCUGCACAGCCGUUGUAUCCCUGAAGUGGCGUUUGCAUUUUGAAUUUGUAACAUCCCGAGAACCAGGUUUGGUGCUCCUACCUCCCAUGGAACAGCCCGAACCUGUCACCUGGACAGGGCCUGAGCAAGUGCCCGUGGACACCUUCAGCUGGGACCUCCCCAUCAAGGUGCUGCCUACAAGCCCUACCCUGGCCUCAUAUGCGGCCCCAGGCCCCAGCACCAGCACCAUAACCAUCUGAAACUGGCCCACGUGGCACUACUUUCUUCAAGAUCCUGAGAACUCAGCACCUGACUCUAGUAGGGCCCAUUUUUUCCACCUGGGGUCCAGUGGCACAGAUAAUGAGAGGCAGGCUUUCGGCUGUAGCAUUCAUUUAUUUAUUCAGAAUAAAUCGGAAGCUGCUAGUGGUUUCCCUGGAAGUGGCAGCAGCAGUGGGCAGUCAGCAAAAGGGCGGCCAGUUGAGUUUAGCUGGAGUGGGGAGCAGGAGCCGCAGGAAUAGGGGUGUUAGCUGAGCCCCACUCUGGGUCGGGCCCUCCCCCUUUGCAGGGCAGCCGAGGGUCCGAUUUUUGCACCAGGGAGAACUUGCACGUUCCUGCCUCCUGACGU